AUGGCUGCAGGUUUCGCACGUACGUACCUCGUACCAGAGCAUCUGAUCUUGCGUUUACGACCUGGAUUCGACGUCAAUUCCGCAUGCCUUCUUGGCUUCAGAAGUUCGAUGGGACUUACACGGGACACAGCUUUUGGUACCCUUCCGCAUGCGUUUGCUGAGACGCCCAUCUUGCACCGUAUCGGUUGGCAUGGCCAUUGGUAUACAGAUUGGGCUUGGCAUUGGAUUAGUCAUUCCUUGGCGUCCCAGACCAUUGCAGGAGUCGUGCACUCUCGACCUCAUCCUCUCAAAACAACAUCAAACGGCCUCACGCAGCUCGAUAAUGUCAGGAAGUGGAAUUCGCUGGGCGAAAUUGAGAAAAACGCCUCCUCCAGUGCCAAGUCUGUCAAGGAUGAGGUGCCUCCGACGGACGAAGAAGACGCCAUUGUGUAUACCCAGGAACGACAUCAUUGUCGCUCUAUCCGCGCCGCCGAAGAGCAUUCUAGCACUUCAGCCAGGUCAUCCUCGCAGUCGCUAGAGGAGAGACUGCCUAACACCAACGGUGUAAGUUCAGCAAGGGCGCUUCUGCGACUGGUGCCGCGUAAGCAUACAGAGCUCCUGGCAAUCAAAUAUCCCUCUCCGAUUGAAACUGCUUACUGGCUUAAGUUGCAGAAACCAUCAAUGUCUCUGCCUCCACGGCUUUUUCCAUUCUAUGAUCGGAGGCCGAAUACUGACCGAACUCAGCUUUUAACCAUUCACAAGCUUUGGUUAAUUCAGAUUGCAGACCUUCUCUUCCGACAAAAUACGCUGCACGCCCAUAAGAGGAACAGUACAAUCAACAUCAACAGCUCGGCAUCUAUCGGCGUUACGAUUGAGAGUUACACAUCGAGACUCGAGCGAUGUCCCUCCUCUUCAUCGUUGAAUGUUGCUAUCACCUUCAAGGAGAGCACUACCAGGUGCCCCUUCGCGCUCAUACCAGAAAAAGAGCCGGCGGCAAGAAUUCUUUUGGGAACAUCUGCCGAAACUCUGAAUCAAGAGCCUCACCAACCAAGCAAGGCCCCAAGACCUCGGCCUGAGUGCACAUCGUUACCUUUUACACAGUUCGCAGUGAUGUAUCAAGGACACACAACAACGAUGGAUCAAUCACCGUUCUUCAAAUUAUCGCCAGAAUUGAGGAAUCUUGUCUACGAAUAUGCCGUCACGCAAAGCGAUGCUUCAGUCAAACUACUAGAGAAGCAACCAGGACUUACGAUGACGUGUCGAAAGAUCAGACAAGAGUGUUUGUUAUUGUUCUACAGCUUGAAUACUUUCCGACUGGAAGUGCCGCAAAAUAAUUCUCAAGCGCUGGCCCAACGUCUCCAGUCAUCGACCCUUCAUACCGAUGCCGGAGGCGAGAGACUGCGAUCGAUACAGAAGCUUGCUAUCAUCUAUCAUCUUUCGAGUCUCGAGAACCAACCUGUCGUACCUGGCUGCAAGAAUGAAGGCGGCUGGGUUCGAAUCUCGGAGACGUUGGCAGAGAUGGGAUUCUCGAAGGAUCAAGUCGUUUGGAAGACUCAAUCAACGAGCUUUCUGGAUUCUUCAUUGGGUGGAAAUUAUCUUGCGUAUCUGGCUGAGACUGCGAGGCUGAGGAUGUAUGACCACAUCAUCCAGAAGGGUUGGGAGGAGAUUUCUGAUUCGAUGGUGGCCGCGAAGGCUUCAAGUCAGACAAUCUGGAAGUUGGAUCGACCGUCUUAG